GCGGUGCAACGUCCGUGAAUGGUUCGCGAAUCUCGUGGGUUCUCGCGGCCGUUCGCGACGGUGGUUAGGCGAAGACGAUCCGGUUUUGCCUGGAGGUUACGGCCGUCUCGUUGGAGGCUCUUGAAGAAGCUUAAAGCAACGCCCUCCGUCUCAAAGACCCGCUCCGGGCAGAGGUAACAUGUCGGAUACGAGGCGCCGUCGAAAGUCCCACCAGUCCGGGGGCUCGGACGAUCUCUCGGACUCCUACGAAGAGCUCAACGUCUCGAAGGAUGUCCAGAGCAAUGAACAGACCGAGGACCAUCCGGACUCGGAAUACGAGACUGGCGAUAGCGACACUGAAGCUGAGUCUCAAGAGGGUGCUCCUCGUGAAAGUGGAGAUGGCCAAGAAGAGGACAAGCCACCGAGGAAGCUCGACGACGACGAGGAUAGACGAAAUCCGCAAUACAUUCCGAAGAGGGGAACGUUCUACGAGCACGAUGACAGAACUGCGGAUGAAGUAGCUAACACUACCGUCGAAGUGCAGAAUGAGAGAGAAACAAAGGAGAAGAAGGUGUGGAAGGACGAGGAGGACAAGUGGAAUCACGACAGGUACAACGACGACGAGCAGGCACCGAAGAGCCACGAAGAACUAAUUGCCGUUUACGGUUACGAUAUAAGAAACGAAGAGGGUCCACCUAGAGCAAGAAGAAGACGGAGAUAUGGACGAGGACCCAACAAGUACACUCGUAAUUGGGAGGACGAGGAUGCUUAUGGAAAGACUCCUGCUACCGCAACCUCUACAGGAAAGGGGGGUAACAGGAGGAUCAACAAAACUGGAGAAGAAUUCCCUGCAUUGAUUUCAAACACAGAGAAGACUCCCACUGGGGCCGAGGAGCCUGUGAUCUCAUCCGCCUGGUACAAUAAAAGCAAGUCGCAGAACAAGGCUCAGAAUAUCUCCCUUUCGCAGAACGACAAUUCUAAGCCGAAGAGCAAUGUUACAGCGAAUCACCAGCACAUAAACGAGAACAAGUCUCCGAACGAACCGACCAACCCCGCCUGGAAGAAGGAGAACAAGUCUUCUCAGAAUCUCAGCUCCAAUGGCAACAACGUAGGCGGCGGCGACACGUUGUCCUCGGUAGAUAGGAAGAACGUAAUUUCGAAUUUCGAAAGUCAAAUGCGAACGGCGAGGUUUAGAGUUCGCGGCCGAGGCUUCAAGGCGAACGUGAACAACAACGGGAUGACGAACAGGACGAUGGAAACUAAGCCGAAAGGCCGCGGGGCAGGACCCAUAUCUGCGGAAAAUAAGCGAACCGGUGCUGGUCAACACGACGACGAACAGCAGCUAACAAACGAGAUGAAACACAUGAACGUUGGCGAGGGUACGACGUUCCAUCAAGGCGGUAGACAAAACAAAAACUUCUACGCCCAGUCCACUAGUCAGCAGCGACCAAACUCUAUUCCGCCGCGAAUGCAGCAACAGCAGUCGCAACAGCAGCCGCAUCAGCAGCAACAGCAACCACCACAGCAGCAGCCCCAACCGGACGCUGCCGGAAGCAGACCGAAACGAUACUCGAGUCUUCGUCGACCGACCAUUCCCGAGGGACCCGCUCAACCGACUUACCAGCCCCAACACGGACAGCACGGAUAUUAUCCUCCUCAAGGUAGUGAGACGACACAAACUGACGCGUCCGCCACUGUCACUAACUUAAAUUACGUGCACGCAUUCUUAGCCGGAAAUUCAAGGAGUGUGUUAGACUCGCAGGCAUAUCCGCCAGGCCACUUCGAGCAGACUCCACCCGUCCCUGCUCCGGCGGCUCCCAUGGCUGGUCAGCCAGUUAUUCCGAUCCCUCCCGGUGGUCAGCCAGCGAAUUAUGCACCGCCGCCAUUCCUGGUACCUCCCCCGCAAUUUAUACCCCCGCAAACCGCCCCACCCAGCAUAAUCAAUUACGUGCCGGGUCCAACGGGGCCGACCUUCCAACCUAACUACCAAGGCUAUCAAGGAUUCACUCCGGCGGUGCAGCCGCAGGGGCCUCCACCGCCGCAAGAGUUGUUUCAGCCCCAGGGCUGCACUUACUACAGUCCCUCUCAGCAACAGCAGCAAGCCUCUCUGCUGAGACGACCCAAGGCAGCGAUUCCGAUUCUACCACCGCCGGAUAAUCAGAAUCACAGCAGCAGAGGAAGAGGACGAAGCGCUCAGCAACAGAUCGUACAGCCCGGCAACGCUCAGCGCGUAGAGGACGACAAGACGAACGCUUUCGAAGGUGUCCCCCAAGUCGAGGAUGUCGACCAGGUCGACUGCGAUGUACGGCAGGAAGUGCCGUUGGAAGACGUCGCGGAACUUCGGGACGACGUCGUCGUUCCUUCCGUUGAACUCGAGGAGGAAAAGGGCACGGUGGAAGUUCUAGACGUUGAGGAAGCGGUCGUAGAAACACCCAAGGAGGGCACUGUCGUGGAUGGUGAUGUCCCUACUCCGGACGAUAAGCUUCCAGAUGAUGUCGUUGAUGUGGAAAGCGUAGCUUCCGUGAAGGCCGACCUCAUCGUCGACAGUGGCGAGUCUGAGCUGACGAGAGUCGAGAACGCCGUCCUCGAGAGCAACGUCGUCGAGGAGGCUGCUGCCUAGCUUUAGUUAUAUUAUAUUAACACUUGUAACUACUUGUAAAGCGACGGUACGUCGGCCGUAAGACUCGCGACGACCUUGUUCGGGAUUACUUAUCGUUCCGGUCGUCCUUAGGGUGGCCUUUAAAACGGUUUCUCUUGCGGUGGGCCCGCCACCUGGAGGUCGUUGAGACUGGGCGAUGAUGCAUUAGGUUUCUCUUCAUUUCUAGCGACUCGUUAACCCUCGUCGUUUCGAAUAUUUAUACGCGAAAUCACUGUCUUAAGGAGCAUCCUAAUCGUCGACCUGUCGGCUCUUCUACGCACCCGAUGGACGCGUAGCGGUUGCUUUGUAACUCGAGUUAGUUUAAUUCGGAACUUGAUGGGACGGUGCUGCUAAGUAAUCAAUGUGAGAUACAUACGUUUGAUUUGUUAAUGCACGUUGAGGAUAUUCACGCCAACGAUUCAACCGAGACUUCCUCUCUUCUUUUUUUUUUUUUUUGUAAACAGUAAAUAAUAUUAAAACUGCGACCUCGUCUUAUUACUUAGUGUUGUACCUCUUUAUCUCUCUCUUCUUGCCAGCUGCUGACGAUUAAACGAUUCCGGUUACUGUCUCAACCAUUUCUGAAAUAUACGGAAUAGUUAAUUAAUAUUAGCUGUAACGUGUAUUAGACAGUCGAUCCUGCAUAAUUCGCUUUUUAGAUUACGAAUAGUAGGAAAAGUUGGAGCCUUUAUUAGCUCACGGGGUUUCUCAACAUCGUCACUGUAAAUAACACGAUCUAAGGGCCAUUUUAAACAACCCACUGUCUUGUGUACAAAUACAUUUGUAUCGUAAUUGAAUAAGACGUAGGGAUGAAUAAAACAUUUCAGCUGA